AUGGCUGUCCUUCAGAGUUUGCUUUUUCUGCUGAGCUUCUGUUCCUUUGCAUCAUGUCAGAUGCCUGGUGGAAGAGGGGGAGACCUUUCACCCCAAAUGUUGUCAGAGAUGAGAGAGACGAACAAGGUGCUGCGAGAAAUUACAGAACUCCUGAAACAGCAGAUGAAGGAAAUCAUCUUUCUGAAGAACACCGUGAUGGAAUGCGAUGCCUGCGGAAUGGGCACAGGUGCCACGGGCCCCGCCAUCAGCGUGACAGCUCUGAACCGGUGCUUCCCCAACCCUUGCUUCCCGGGGGUCACCUGUACGGACACCCCGACCGGCUUCCGCUGUGGGGCCUGUCCUUUGGGUUACACAGGCAACGGGACCUAUUGCACUGAUAUCAACGAGUGCACAGCAAAUCCGUGUUUCCCCCGAGUCCAAUGUAUCAACACGGUUCCCGGUUUCCGCUGUGAGUCCUGCCCUCCCGGCUACACUGGGCCAGUUCUUGAAGGAGUUGGCUUGUCAUUUGCCAGGACCCAUAAGCAGGUGUGCAAUGACAUCAAUGAAUGUGAGACAGGAGCGGCCAGGACCUGCGUCCCGAAUUCCAUCUGCAUCAACACCAGGGGCUCCUACAAAUGUGGGGCGUGCAAGAGUGGCUUUGUUGGAGACCAGGUUUCUGGCUGCCGGAGCAAGACUGAGCGGCGGUGCCCCAACGGAGAGCUGAGCCCGUGCCACGAAAAAGCAGAGUGUAUCAUUGAGCGCGAUGGGACGCUUGCCUGUGUGUGCAACGUUGGAUGGGCUGGAAACGGCUACAUCUGUGGGAAAGACACGGACAUUGACGGCUUUCCGGACGAGAAGCUUCGUUGCAGUGACAGGAAGUGCCACAAGGAUAACUGCGUGACCGUUCCCAACUCCGGCCAGGAGGAUGCCGACCGAGAUGGGAUCGGGGAUGCCUGUGACGACGACGCUGACGGGGACGGGAUCAAAAACACCGAGGACAAUUGUGUCUUUGUGCGCAACACGGACCAGCGCAAUGCCGACCAGGACAACUUCGGGGACGCCUGUGACAACUGCCGGCACGUGAAGAACAACGGGCAGCGAGACAGCGAUGGGGAUGGGAAGGGGGACCUGUGUGACGACGACAUGGACGGAGACAAGAUCAAGAAUGUUCUGGACAACUGCGUGAGGAUCCCGAACCCAGACCAGAAGGACAGCGAUGGCGACGGUGUGGGCGACGUUUGCGACAGCUGCCCGUUGAUCAGCAACCCAGAUCAGAAAGACACAGACCACGAUCUCGUCGGCGACCCCUGCGACACCAACCAGGACCGAGAUGGAGAUGGUCUGCAGGAUUCCCAGGACAACUGCCCGUCGGUGCCCAACAGCUCCCAGCUGGACUCAGACCAGGAUGGAAUCGGAGAUGAGUGUGAUGACGACGACGACAACGACGGCAUUCCUGAUAAGAGGGCCCCAGGCCCGGACAACUGUCGCUUGGUCCCCAACCCUGGUCAGCAAGAUACAGACGGCGACGGCAUCGGGGACGCCUGCGAGGAUGACUUCGACAGGGAUCAAGUCAUCGACCGGAUUGACGUCUGCCCCGAGAACGCCCAGGUGACCCUGACCGACUUCCGUGCCUUCCAGACCGUGGUGCUCGACCCCGAGGGGGAUGCCCAGAUAGACCCCAACUGGAUAGUCCUCAACCAGGGUAUGGAGAUCGUCCAAACUAUGAACAGUGACCCAGGCCUGGCUGUCGGGUACACGGCUUUUAAUGGGGUGGACUUCGAGGGCACCUUCCACGUGAACACGGCCACGGACGACGACUAUGCCGGCUUCAUCUUCGGCUAUCAGGACAGCUCCAGCUUCUAUGUGGUCAUGUGGAAGCAGAUGGAGCAAACGUACUGGCAGGCAAAUCCGUUCCGGGCAGUGGCGGAGCCCGGGAUUCAGCUCAAGGCGGUGAAGUCCAGGACGGGCCCCGGGGAGUAUCUCCGAAACUCGCUGUGGCACACAGGGGACACGGCUGACCAGGUCAAGCUGUUGUGGAAAGACCCCCGGAACGUGGGGUGGAAAGACAAGACCUCCUACCGCUGGUUCCUGCAGCACCGGCCCCAGGUGGGCUACAUCAGAGCUCGCUUCUACGAGGGCCCCGAGGUGGUGGCGGACACAGGUGUCGUCCUUGACACAACCAUGCGUGGAGGCCGGCUGGGCGUGUUCUGCUUCUCUCAGGAGAACAUCAUCUGGUCCAAUUUGCGGUAUCGCUGCAACGACACGAUCCCCGAAGACUACGCGUCUUAUCGGAACCAGCAAGACUACUAAAUGCCGUUGCCCAAGCUGCACAGAUUUAGCUUGAGAGAGACAGCCCAAUG